AUGAAGGACAACCCCUUCCUUCCUUACCGUCCUUUGGCUCCCGCCAUGCUUGGGAUUUCUAUUAUGAGUUAUCUCCUUUGGAAGUAUUUUGUAAUGCUUGGUAAGACAAGAAAACGUUACAGAAGAGCUCAUCAACUACGUGGUCCCUCCUUAGAAGAGCAGAUUGUUGACCAUGUUGACCAGGCAGAUGGACCACGCGAAUAUAUUUUAGUAAAGGAACGCAAACCUCGUUCUACGCCUAUAAAAAGGAAGAAAGAACGUUCUCGUGGUCGCCGUAUGAUUAUUGAUAUUCAUUUAGAAGUAUUAGACGAAUGUGAAAAAGGGGAUCUUCAUUCGACGAAGGAGGACUUUUUUGAAAUUUUGGUUCUGGCGUUUAUGGGAAGCGAAUUUAUGAAGGGAGAAAAUGUUCCUAAGGAACAGGUCCUAAGUUCAGAUUCCGGAUUUAGGGAGGAAGACUUUCUUCCUAAGGAACACGUUCCAAGUUCAGGUUUAGAAGAGUUAUGGAAAAGAAUACAAAAGUGGAUUAAGGAAUUCCUUGGGAAAAUGAACAGUAGGGAGAAUGAUCAAAUGGGAACAACUGGAUGUAACAUGGUCUAUAAGGACAAAACAGAAAUAACACAGUGGGAGAAGGACAUGUGUGUUUAUAUUUUAGGAAAUUUAUGGAAGAUUAAGGAAAAAAAGGACGGUGAUGAGGAUCGUAAUGAAAUGAAUGGAAAAAUGAGAGAAUAUGUACAAUGUACAAUAAUGAAUAUGUGGUUAUUUAUAUACCAAAAUAUAUAUUGUGAAAUGACAAAUGUUAUGCGCAGCGCUUAUGAGGCAAUGCAAAAUCUAAACACAAUCUUCGACGUAGGACAGCGUAAGGAAUAUAUUAAAUGCGAGUACGAGGAAUUUACUACUAUGAAGGUAGGGGGUAAUAAUAUUUUGGAACAUAUAUUCAAUAAGACAUUUACACAGGGGAGACUUAUGGGAAAAAUAAAAGAAAUGAAUCCUGGAGAUUACUGUGAUAAAAUAUGGAAAGAUAUUAAGAAUGUACUGGAUGACAUGCUUAAGAAUGUUAAGAAUGAUGCAGAUGAAAUAAAGAAAUUGUGUGAUAAUUAUGGAGAAGGGAGCAGCAAUACAACGGCCAAGAACAGAGGGAAAGAAUUAUGUAAAAUACUAACAAAAAUUAUAUAUUGGAUUGAUGGACUCAAGGAAGUGAAUAAGGGAGGAGGGAAAUAUCAGUGGGAAAGAAGGACGGACAUCAAGAAUCAAGAUGAUUGGGAGUUCACGUCAAUGCUAAGAUGUAUAUUAGGAAAAAUAACUAUAGCCAAAAUGUUCCUGACACACUGUGAUAUGGAUAACGUUGCGCCAAUUGUGAUAAAAGCAAUAGAAGAGAAUAUAAAGAAGAAAGGUGUAGAGGCAGAGCAUGAGAAAUGCGAAGAAAUAAAUUUCAAAGGUUUAAAUAUUGGAGGGAAAUUUCUUUGGAGUGAAAUGGAUGAUUGGAUAGACAAAGGAACGGGUGAAAGGGGAAGGGUAAAAGAUAUAAAGGAAAAGGGACAGCACUGUAGGGGCGGUAAUUUAAAUGUAAAGGGAAGUAAGGUAGUAAAGGGAGAUCGAAAAGACACUUACUUUGGAAUGCUUCGUAAGGGAAGAAGACUUCACAGAAGAGCUUAUCAAGUACGUGGUCCAACCAUACAGGAACAACUCCUUGCUCAUGUGGACCAACGUGGUCCACGUGAAUAUAUUUUAGAAAAGGAAAGAAAACCUAGACGUCGGCCAAGAAGAUUACCCGGAAGAAAACCAGUUAGCUGCCGCAUGAUUAUUGAUAUUCAUUUAGAAGUCUUAGACGAAUGUCAAAAAGGGGACCUGCAUUCGACGAAGGAAGACUUUUUUGAAAUUUUGGUUCAAGAAUUUAUGGGAAGCGAAUUUAUGAAAGAAGAAAAUGUUUCUAAUGAACAGGUUGCAAGUUCAUAUUCUGGUUUCAAGGAGGAAGACUUUGUUCCUAAGGAGGAUGUUCCUUUGGAACAGGUUCCAAGUUCAGAUUCCGGGUUUAGGGAAGGAAGACUUUGUUCCGCAGGAAGGUGUUCUUAA